AGGGACUCACCAACUAGGCCUUGCCUCUGAGUCCAGUGCAGAGCUAGUUGGGAAAUGUUCUGGAUGUUGACCAAGACCAGUGUAACACUGGGCACCAGAACAGCAGGUUGGGUGCGGACCAUGGGCUCCCACCAGCUGCUGGUGCCACCACCAGAGGCCCUGAGCAAGCCCCUGUCAGUUCCUAAGCGGCUCCUGUUGGGCCCAGGGCCGUCCAACCUGACUCCAAGAGUGCUGGCGGCCGGAGGGCUGAGGAUGAUUGGCCACAUGCAAAAAGAGAUGUUUCAGAUCAUGGAUGAGAUCAAGCAAGGCAUCCAGUACGUGUUCCAGACCAGGAACCCCCUCACACUGGUUGUCAGCGGCUCUGGACACUGUGCCAUGGAAACUGCCCUGUUCAACCUCCUAGAGCCUGGGGACUCCUUUCUAGUUGGAGCCAAUGGCAUCUGGGGGAUGCGGGCUGCCGAGAUUGCUGAGCGCAUUGGAGCCCGUGUGCACCAGAUGAUCAAGGAACCUGGAGAACACUACACAUUGCAGGAGGUGGAGGAGGGCCUGGCCCGGCACAAACCAGUACUGUUGUUCCUGACCCACGGGGAGUCAUCCACCGGUGUGGUGCAACCCCUAGAUGGCUUUGGAGAGCUCUGCCACAAAUUCCCAAAGGCCAGUGGCCUGUAG